GAAUUUACGCUCAGUCUCGCGCAGCAAAGAGGAAAAAAGAACCUCGGCGCGCGCGGCGCAUAAAUUCCACCCCCCCCGCCUCCCGCGCGCCCUUCGGCAGACCCAGAGGCCUUUGCGCGAUGGCGUCACGGGGCCGGGGCCUCGGGAAGCCUCACGGCGGCAAACGGCGGGAUGUUGCGGCGUCGGGCGGCGAAAUGACUGGAGGCGGGAAGAGGAGGCCCGGAGCGGCGGCUGCGCAGGAGCAGGUCAGUCGACAGGCCCGACAGACGCGCACAUAACGCGGGAGAACUGGGUGGCGGCGGCGGCGGCGGUGGGGACCAGCCUCCUUUGUGCCGCCCGGCUCCUCUUCCAGGCGGAGCUGAGGGUGGUUUGGGCUCCGCGACGAGGAGCGCGUCUCCCUCCCUGAGGCGCCUCAGGAGGCGACGGGGGCGGGAGGUGUCGCCGGGCGCCCCCUCAACGCCUUCCGCUGGGCCUGGCAGAGAUGGGGUUGCCCCUAGAAGAGCCUCCUCCGAGCUCAGUGGGCGGCGCUGAUCACACCCAAGGUCUCAGCUGCUUAUUCCUGCACUGCAGGGGGUUGGACUAGAUGAUCCUGCUCAAGGUCCCAUCCAACUCCACAAUUCUAUGCAUAGCUGUCAACGUUUCCCUUUUUUUAAAGGGAAAUUUCCUUAUUCCGAAUAGGAUUCCUCGCAAGAAAAGGGAAAAGUUGACAGCUAUGCUUCUUUGAGAGGGCAAAGCACCAAGCUCUGGAUUCAAAUCCCCUUCCUCUUAGGCACCUUCCUUCCCAAUCCUCCAGAGCACUCCUAAUAAUAAUAAUAUAUUUAUACCCCGCUCAUCUGGCAGGGUUUCCCCAGCCACUCUGGGCAGCUCCCAACAAAAUAAUUAAAAUAAAACAUCAAAUAGUUAAAAGAAAACAUCAAACAUAAAAAACUUCCUAAAGCAUGAGAGUAUGAGCUUGCUUCUUCCCAGGCUGUGGGAUUAAAAUUGAUCUGCUGUCCACUGGUACUAGUGUGAAAAGGGGAAGGAGGUCAAGAAGAGGCGGUGCUCCAGCGAAGCAGACGUCCCCGGCCAUGUACGCCAAGAGGUGGAAAGCUGCUACCGGCUCCAGAUGCCCGAAGAUUUCUAUUGUUUCUGGAAGUUUUGUGAGGAGCUGGAUCCUGACAAGCCAUGUGGUGGGUUCCGGAAACCCGGUUUUUCCGUGUUGUUGUUUUUUUAAAUAGCAUCUUUGGUGAUAAGACGCUUUGGCAACAAAGGCAAAAAGAGAAGUUCUCACAUUUCCUCUUGCUUGGAUUUAAAAGUCAAAUCCAGUGCCCCAGCUGCAGUGAACCUUUUUUUUUUUUUACCCUAGUCUGCAAACUGUUUCCCUAGACAUACACCUAUGUAAAAUGUCACACUUUCCCAUGAACCUUCCAGUGUCGGUGCAGGUCAUGGACAUUGUUAUUGUCCUCACUUUAGUGUUCUGAUCCUAAAAGCAUAAGAUGGAACUGUUGAUUUUAGUGGGAAAUAUUUCUGUGUUAUUUGUUUAGGAUUGGACUGUGAUGAGACAGUAUUAUAGCAACCAACAGUUGUACACACAGGCCAAGCAUUAAAAGUUUUUGUCUCUGCCUAGAGUUUGAGCUAGAAAGUCUUUAUUCCUCUCCCCUCCCCUUCUAUCUAUCUAGCUAUCUAUCUAUUUAGGAAACAUUAUUUAGGAUUAGAAAUGUGUACUGUGCAUGCAGCUCUUCUGUAGGUAGAUGGAACAUCAAUUUAUCGACCUGAGAAGGGAGAAAAGCACCUCAAUUAGAGUUGCAUUAAUAUGGGGCAAAGAAGAGCUUCUUUAAAUAAAGUCAUUUUAAAAGUUAAAUAGGGCUUUUCUGGCUUAGAUCUUUCUCCAGGAGCAUAAUACAACAUAUUUUAUGCUUUUGUGCUAUUUUUAAAAUGAAUUUUUAAAUACAUUUCAUAGAUGCACUUAAAUCAAACAUUGGACUUCAGCUAGUUGGGCCAUAUGACAUUCUUGCUGGAAAACAUAAAAAGACAAAUAGAUCAGCAGAUGUGAACUUCAAUCUUCACUGGAGGUUUUUUUAUGAUCCUCCUGAAUUCCAGACUAUCCUUACUGGAGACAGCAAAAUGCAGUAUCAUAUGGGAUAUUUUAGGUAAGUAUCUACCUUGGAAAAAUAUUUUACUUAUUCUAGCACUUCUAUUCCUGUCAUUGCCUAAAAAAUACAUUAGGCACUGCUGAUUAUUACUUACAAUUAGCUCUACCCAGAAUAGGAUAUGAGGCCAAGGACCAAUUCCAGCGCAACGUUUGGCCAUUUUAAUGAUAAUCUUUCACCCGUAUGUGUCUGUAGGUGGAAAAGUGAUAUCAGAAUGUGUUGUCCAUAUAAUUGGGCAGGGGAGGCAGUUCCCAAUAAAUAUUGCAUCUAGCAAUCUUGUCUGCAUAGGCUGUUUCCAUAUACAUUUUCCAUGCAAAGUUUCACUGAAUGUUUUUAGAAGCUCUCAUGUUCAUGCCAAAUUUUGUAAUCAGCCUGUAGUCUCAUGUUGGCAUACAAAGGCAUCCUAUAGGACAAGGAAGGGAAGUCUUUAAUGUUUGAUGUUUUAUUGUGUUUUUAAUAUCCUGUUGGGAGCCACCCAGAGUGGCUGGGGAGGCCCAGACAGAUGGGCGGGGUAUAAAUAAAUUGUUGGUUUUGUUAUCUAAGAACUGUUUAUAUGGAACUUUGAGAACUUAUUCAUACUAAAGAAAUAAAUUUAUAUAUCCAGCAGGUGGCUCCAUACAUUAAUUUAGGCAAAUGAAAACCACCUGAGAAAUCUUGCUUACUUGCUGAUUAAUUUUUAUGGCAAACAGAGUGAAAAUUUGAGAGGCUAUUGUACAAUCCUCAGAGAAACAUAAGAACUCAUGCUAUCACUUUUUUAAAUACUAUUUUUGGUUGGGAAUAAUCUGGAUUCUCUUUGUAACACCACAGAGAAUACUGAUGUAAUAUGUUUAACUUCAGGACAUUGUAUGUGAAUUUUUAGGGAUAUGCCGGAUGAACUGCCUGUGUGGGUUGGUGAAAAUGAAGCCAAGAAGGGCUGCACAAUUUCUCAAGUUGGUGACAAUGUAUUUGCUGCUGUAAAGUAAGAUUAAAUACUUUCAACUCCUGGAUUAAAAACAAACAUGAAUCUGGACCAAAUUAGAUGAGACAGGAGAGCAAUUUCUAUGUUUAUGCUGGGUUUUUUUAAAAAACUGAAAUGUAGUUGCAGGGCAAGUGCAAAUUUGACUGGAGCAGUGUUUGUAUAUGUUCAGAUAUUUACCCACAAGCCAUUUUCCAAUAAAACUUGCACCACAGCUAUGUUUCUUCAUGGAACGGAAAAGGUACCUAUUUACUUGGAUCUGUCUAAAGUGCCUCUUGCCCUCCUGAACAAAUUCUCCUGCAUUUGCCACAAGACUAGUGUGGGGUGCAAUAUAUGCUAGCUGCUGUAUCAUAAGCUUUGGUAUAACUACUUGUCCUCCGGAAGCUCCAUUUCAGUUUUUGUAAAAAAUGGUGGGAGACCAAUCACAUGGCUUACCUAGUUUGGUUCAUAGAACUUCUAAUUUGGGCACUCCAAUGACAUUUAGUGUGCAAUCCUACACAUUCUUACCUAGAGAAUGAGUCACAACUAUACAAUGAGGCUUACUUAUGACUAGAUACCGUAUCUUGUAUCUGUUAGUUUCUUGCCAGUUGCUCUUAUAUAGCUGUGUGUUUCAGCUUUUGUGAACAUUACACUUGAUUUUUUUCUGAUUAUUGUAAGCUAGCAAAAUUUCCUAAACACUUUAAAAAGCAAGAAGGUAAUCACUUUCCUAUCAAAGUUUUCUAUAUAUGCUGUAUAUAUUGUUCAUAUUAUGAUUCUUAGCAGUCUAGGACGGGUGGGGGGGCGGAAAUAACAUAGCCGUCAUUUAUAGCCAAGUUUCUGCUUCAACAACAAUAUUUGAGGCUGCCUUUGAGUUAUCAUUUUCAAGUCAUUACUCUUCGUAAACACUUUAUGCAUUUUCCAAUUGUUAGCUCAGAAAUACUUUCGGCCAUCCAGUUCAGUAGUUUUAUUGAAAAUUAUGCAUAAUAAAGGGGUUGAUUAAUGUACUAUGACCUGUUCAGUUUGCACAUAUUGAAUGUGUUUUUCUUUUUGACUAAAAUAAAAUGGAAGCAAAAUAGUAUACUUAGUUUAAAAAGCCAAUAGCUAAACAAUACUGAAAUCAAGAUUCCCCAUGCAGCUGUUGUUUUUGUCUGUUUCUCGAGUUGAGACACCUUGCUUGUUGAAACUUCUACCUUGUGUGACAAUACAAAACAACACCUAGUCUAUUGAAUAAUCCAUAUUCUGGCACAUCGACUGAAAGGGCUGAUUGUGGGACUAUUUUGAUGUGAUCUUUGUACAUUGAUACUACUUUUAAAAGUGAUCAUGUGAGCAUUUCCACAUGAAGUAAUUAUGUGGUGGUUAGUAAUCCAUAAAUACAGUGAGCAAGACUUAAUAAAAUCCUUUGGGAGAAGUUAUAGUCUCACUUAAUUGCUGCUUCCCCAUGGAGGCACUUGUGAUCAUUUCAAAAGCCUGUCUCUCAGCACCAAGCCUGACUCCAAAGUAGUCCUUUGGAAUAUUUACAGCUAAAGUUAGUUAAAAGUCAUAGCUAAACAUUCAUUCAUUCAUUUAUUAAUUACUAUGUUUUGCUUUGCUGAUUAAAUCCAUGCUAGAUUCUUUGGAAGACUUAAGAAAACUUUCCAUGCUUUUAUCAUUCUAGAGCAGGGCUGGGGAACCCGAGGCCCUCCAGAUGUUGUUGGACUCCAACUCCCUUCAUUCCUCAUAAUCAACCUAAGCUAAUGGAGUCCCAACAACAUGUCCCAGGUUCCCCAUUCCUGUUACAAAGAAAAACGGAUGAUGCAUGUAACACAAAGUUUUCUUUUUGUUUCAGAUUAUUUUUGUCCAAAAGGCUUAAGGAAUUGACGGACAAAAAGAAAAUCAGCAUUCUGAAAGAUAUAGAUGAAAAACUAACCAAAACAGCAAAAGAACUUGGUUACUUGCUUGAGCAAAAAACCAUGAAGAUGAAACAGAGAGACAAGAAAGUAUGGCUUGAUUUCUUUCUACAUUAAUAAAGAACUCUAAUGUAUAGGCCUGUUCCUUUUUUUUCCUGCUCAAGGCCAGCUUCUGUUAAUUUUCUAUACGUUUACAAGGUAACUUAUCCUAGGAAAUAAAUUCUCAAUAUUUUAAUCACCUUUUUACUAUGAGAAAAUGUUGAGUUGCUUUACGUAUGCUUAAAGUUUGAUCGUUGUUGAAAGGUAUAAAAUACGAAACAUUGCUUGGCUGUAGGUAUUUUUAAAGUUUUAGGAGCCAUAAUAAAUGAUGUUCAAAACACGGAAACGUAUUCUUAAUGGCAUCUGACAGCAAUGCCUUUUAUAUAAACUACAGCAUCAACACUCUCUUCAUGGCAAAACAUGAGAUCACCACUAAUGUAUACUUUAAAGAUCCAAAGAACUUAAAUAACAGAACAAGCAGAAACAAUAUGGAGGACAUAGAAGGAAGUAUCUCAAGCUCAACCCAGAAACCAAACAAAUCAGGAAUGACAUAGAUUAAGACUUAAUUCUAAAACAUGGAUUUAGAAUAAUAUCAGACAUGUUUGUCCAAAUAUGUUAACUGUAACUAAACUAUGUUCACCAGCUAUAGGCUAUAGAUGGAAAAGUGUUACCUUAAGCAACCAGAAUACCAGUUACUUGUGCAACAGUCUAUGUUUUGAAAUGACAGGUGCAAAUUCUGUUCAUAUUGAACUAUGAAUUUUCAGAACAUUUCUAUCUGUAAAAAUCUUAAAUUUAAUUUGGGAAAGACAGGAGCAAGUUAUAAAUUCCCCUUCCCCCCAGUUGAUCCGGAAACAGCUGAACAGCCUCAAAGAGGGGAUUCCUUGAGAAACAGCCAAUUCAAAACAUUGUAGGUGCCUUGUGGUGGUAACCUCCAAUGGAACUGGCUUCUCUGUCUUUUCCCAAUGGAAUCACCACUUCAAGAGGAAGGAGAUGGAGCACUGUUUUCAAUGGAUUGUCUUAGUGCUCCAGAAGAUUACAUGGAUGAGCAGCAAGGAACACUGAGCAAUGCUCCAUAAUCAUUGCUGUCGCACAAAAAGGUAGAGAUCUGUCUACUUGGUACAAAAGGUUUUAAAGGCUGGUUAAUAAUUCAGUUAAAUGUAAAUACUUCUAGAAAAAUAAGUCUUUGAAUAGAUGCAGAAUUAAUAUUUUAAUUCAGAUAUGGUUCCAUGUAGUUUGACAGGCCUAGGCUUAAUUGUAUUUGUCUCUUUCUCUUUUCAAUACAGGUAGUAACCAAGACAUUUCAUGGAGCUGGUCUGGUUGUCCCCAUAGAUAAGAAUGAUGUUGGGUACAGAGAGCUUCCUGAAACAAAUGGUAAAUUAAUUCUAGUGUUUCUGUUCUUAGAAAAAGAAAAUUGAAUUUUGCUAUUAGUAAGAGUGCAUUUAGAUACUGAAGUCUUGAAAGAAAAAUGAAUAUUUAUACGUUAGGUUGAAUCCAGACUUUUGCUCCUAGUAGCAGGAGUAUUCCCUGACUGUAAUUCCACCCAUGAGAUGCUCCCGCUUGAAGUAGGGAAAGGUCAAUGUUGCUGGUUCUCCUCUCCUUGGGUGACCUUCUAGAACAAUGUGAGAGCUCAUGACAAGGGCUACAGGGAGGGGGAACUGGCAAACAUUUGCUUAACAACCCCUUUCACCAGUGGGAGUGUCAGAGUCUAAUUCCAUAGCUGUAGUGAUCACUAAUGAGCAACCUGUCUGCCAUUACUGAUAUUCUUAUUGAGAAAUCUCGGUUAUUCUGAGGAAUCCUAGGCAACAUACAGUAAAUCAGACUAAACUGAAUGAUAAAGGAAACUUGUUCCAAUUUAGUUUUCAUGUGAACUUUCCUCUGCAGCUGGUCUCAAAAGAAUCUGUAAAGCCGUUGUAGAUGCUCCUAAUGAUGACCAGAGACUGAAAGCCUUUGCCCCUAUUCAGGAAAUGCUAACUUUUGUUCAGUUUGCUAAUGAUGAAUGUGACUAUGGAAUGGGAUAUGAACUGGGAAUAGACCUCUUCUGCUAUGGGUCACAUGUAAGUAAAAUAAUUUUCUCUGCAGAAACUCAUUCAUUUUGUGAGUGAACAGAAAGAACAAAUGAGCUCAACCAAGCAGCUCGUGAAACUAACUAUACAGGAAACUGAGGAAAUGUUUGACAUGAAAAACAGUAUGGGUGUGUAAUAUCAAUUUCAGUGAGAUAAUGUGUUCUUUUAAUCUUUUCUAGUAUUUUCACAAGAUUGUUGGCCAGUUGCUGCCUCUUGCUUACAACUUGCUGAAGAGGAAUCUGUUUGCAGAAAUCAUUGAAGCUCAUUUAGCUAAUAGGAAAGAGGAGAAUGUAGACCAGCUUGCAGCAUGAAAUAGUGUCAUUAAGUGAAGUAUUGAGUUGCCUUGUUUCGGGGUAUUUUCUUGUUUUUUGGUACUGAACUGGUGUAGUUUCUAUGUGAGAUAAAUAAACUUGUUUUGCUAAAGAUUAGCAGCUUAUUGACCGGGGUGGGGAUCCAAAUUAUAUUUCCACUUUCAUUUUGCACUCUACAUUGCCAUACACUGUAAUAUUAUAAGAUAAUGGGUUGCAAACCAUGAGGUGGCCUUCUAAUGGCAGAAAAGCUGUUUUUAAAAAAUACAGUGGACUAUGAGGAAAGUUCUGGGGUGGUGGGAGGUGAAAAACCUACUUUCCAUGUUUCCUGAGUAGCAGAGUUUCUACUACCUUCACAGUUACUCCUACCUCAUCUUCAGCAAGUGCAGGUGGGCAUAGACUUGCCUUCUGAAUAACUUGGUCAGAAGCUAUAUAUGCAAUACUAGGCUACUACAGGGGUGACAGCAAACAUGCCGUAAAGGCUAGGGAUCAAUCAAGCCAGUCUUUCAGGAGGAAGAAAACUUACAACAAACCAGGAGUUAGAAAUAUGUUAAACUUGCUUGCUACAGACAAGAGAACAAAACCAGUUCUAAAAACAAAAUUCCUGCAUUUUCACAUUUGAUGAAGUAUUUACUUAAUAUGGUUAUCCUACUUUUUUUAGACAGCUCGUGUCUAUUAAAAAAAGCAGCUCGUGUCUAUUUAAAAAGAAAUUCACUGCCCUCAGACUUUGGAACACACACACACACACACAGAGGAAGCAAAAAAAGGUAGAGAGAAAAAUUGUUCUUUAAUGCCAGAACAAAAAAGGUGGUGGUUGGUGGUUCAUUUUUCUUUGGCCCUUUAUUUACGUUUUACACUCUGCUCUGUUAUCCCAAGUGGUUCACAAAAAGUUAAAUUUAAAAUCAAGUCUCUGUUGAGGCCAAAUGAAGAAGGCGAGAAGCUUACACCUACAAAAUUUUGGGAAGCCAGGUGGAGGGAGAGAUCCAGCCAACAAAACCUUUUCUUCAACAGAUGGCAAAUGCUACUAAAAGCCAUUUUUGGCAGAGCAGCAAGUAAAUAAUUGUUUAGCAUACCUUUCCAACAAACAAAAAUUACUGGUGGCAGAUUGUGUAAGAAUACUCUACUGAAUUUCUGUGACAUUGUGCUGACUUUGCUUUUGGUCACAUUCAAGGUUUUGCCUCAUGGUUUUUGUUUUCACCUAAACCCUUUUUAUGUGGAAGAAAAUGGAGGACAGGAAUCUAAUACAAAAGGGUAGUUUACAAUUGAUUAUUAUAGAGCUAGAUCAAUCUGCAGUUUAGUUCUUCCACUUAAAAAAAAGGUGUGUGUGCUCUUUCUGCUCAUUCACUAAGCAAAUGCAAGAAAGGAAAAAGCUGUGUUUUAACAUUCUUCCAUUCUGGUAUGUUUGACAGUACCUCCCAAAUCUUUGGAUAAAAGAAAUGCAUAUGUACUUUGUAUAGCCAAUGAUUAAUUAAGUAAUGAAAAAAGUCAAAACCAAAAUGGUCAUACAGAAAAAUUUAAUACAUUUUUAUAAUGAAAUCAUCACAGUAAUAGGUUUUUUAUUUUACUGUAAUGAUACGCAACUAUAUCACACUAGUAUAAAUAAAAACAUUAGGAUUAAUGUUUAAUACAGGUCUAGGAAAUAUCACAGAUUAACAAACUAUGCAUUCAUGAACCAACUGAACUGCUAUAAACAAAACAAAGAUGGCGAUACCCUCAAACACCACAUCCUGCUCAACUUGAAUAAGGCCCUGCAAAUUUUUACAUUAGUAUAUACCCUCUGCUUUUUUGCGCAAUACACAGGCACACUUAGUUCAGUUCCAGAGUCUCUUAAUGCACCAUGACAAACAAACUUGUCAUGCGCUAGGGAGGAAAACUGAGCAGGUAAGAACAGCAAACAGUGCAUUAGAUCGGCACGGUAUAGAUGUGAAGGUCUUAACAUUUAAGUAAGUGAUCUGGGGCAUGAAUUAGUAUCUUUUCACUUCAUGCUGCAACAGCUAGUCUGAGGGCACUGAAUUUAUACCCAAAAAAACCUCGUGUUAAAGCAAGUAGCUAUAUGAAAGUUUCAUACUGAACAGGACAGGAGGAUUUCAAAUUAAAGCAUGUUACUUAGAGAAAGUAAGUUUAUUUUAGAUAUACAUGAUAAGAACCAGGGCAAAAGAGUUUUUACUUUUAAAGAAAGUGUUAGAAGUAUCAUAAGUAGUCUCCUGAACUUUGUCUAUACAUUAGCCAAAUUCUGUUCAGUUAACACUGAUUUACACAAUAAAAGGCUCCAAAGGAACAAGUGUUCCAGUUUAAUACCCAGGCAAGUAAAUAAAGAAGGUCUCAUUACUACCAAUUUUAAAAAACAAUAGCUUGGACCCAAAGUUUCCCUUUCUCUGACAGGGGGCUCCCAUCAAAGGCUGGGAAUCUUUGGAUUCAGCCCAAUGUACUGUGCCAAAAAGUAUAGCUUUGGCAAAGGUUCAGCUCAGAGUUCAAAGCAAAGCUUCAAAGAAUUUCUAAAUCACAUUGGCCAAUUAGGCACUGCAAAGAAAUAUUAAUCUAUAGAUUUUAAAAGCUACGCCUAAACAAUUAUUAGUAUUUGGACCACUUAGCAAAGCACUUGUUUACAGUUCUUAGUUGCAUUCCUACCGACUUCACCAAAUUUACUCUGGUAUUCCUUUGGAACAUGUUUUCCUCAGACAGAUACUCUAGUGUCAAAUGAUUUGCAAAUAAAAAAGAGCUUACUCAGGCAACAGGCCUGAGAUACACAAGCACACCUGGUGUUACACAAACAUAUGUGCAGUACGUAGGGCACCUGGUUCUUUUUAUGAAAAGAUGCUUCCCUGGCUACCUUACACACACCUGUGAAUUUUGAGUGUUUCCAAAUGGGCUUAUCAAGUGAGGUAGGGGAAUACUGGGCAAAGUCAGGCGCUACACUGUGCAAACAGUUUACCACACAGCCCUCAAUCAUUCUGACAGUUUCAUGUUCACCCAUAAUGCUUGAAAAGCCAAUGUAAACGCCCUCGCAAUCAGGAGAUGUGAUGCUCUGGAAUGUUCACCUGCCAGUCACAUCUCUAACUGUCCCAUUUAUGUUUCAAUUUUUUUAUGGUCAAACCCCUCAAAGUAACACCUCCCAGUCUUUGGCCUGAUUCACACAUGAUAAACCAAAGUUUGGCUUAACUAGACUGUGCUCCCAGAGCAGCUCACAGCCUGCAGCCUCUUUGCUCCUUUCCCAGUCCUUUUUGCUGCUGCGAGCCAAGCCAAACUUUGGCUAAGCAUCUUGUGCAACUGGGCCUCAUGGUUAAGCUCUCUUCUCACUGACCAUGAGCUGCUCCCAAGGCCAACAUACUAAGCCAAACGUUGACUUGGCUCACUGAAGCAGCAAAAAGGACCAGGGAGAAAGAGGAUGUUGUGCGAACCAGGCUACUGUGGUAGUGAUGUUUUGUGUAGAAUACAGUGUAGACAUUCCAGAUACAAAGGAUUGUAUAUUAUUGGUGUCCCGCUGCUGAAAGAAGGCUCUUUGAUCCAGCGGGUGCUUCCAUCAACAGAACAGAGAUUGGGGCAAACUUCAGUGAUUUCCCUUUCCUCCUACAACCUGCCUCCAGUCGGCUCUGGAGGACAGAAGACCAUUAGAAGAAUGUGGAGAGUGGUGCAGGGGGCUGCAAGAUAAUGGCCAAGUCAUCAAAGAUCGCUUUGAUCCCCCUUCCACUCAGGCAAGACUCUGCUGCAUCCAAGAGCUUUUUCUCAAUUGAGGGACACCAAGUGGAUACAACCCAGAAAUUGAGACAAAAAAUGUUCCAGUAAAUUAUAUCUAUUGUGGAUAGGAUUUAAACCCGACAUAGUUGCAGUAGGAAUCAAUUGUUACUUGAAAAACUGAAUUAUCACUUCAGCAGUUAUGUUCUAAAGCUACUGAAAAUCAAAAUCAAAAUGAUAACAGGUUUAUAAUUAAAAUAAUUGUUUUUAAAUCCUGCAUUAUUUACAAAUGUUGGGUCCAUUAUUUCUGCUUUGUUUAAAAACAAACAGUAAUUUAAGAUUAUGGCCAUCAAUCAAGUGGCAGACUGCAUUAUAAAGAAAUAUUAAACACUUCCCCCAUUGAUAAGCUUUUGCCUAACCCAUCUUUGCACAUGGAGGUUUCUGAAUUACUGUAUAAAAAAUACAUUAUAAAGGUAAAAUUAACUGUGUCACUGUUAACUAAUUUUAUUUAGUAUAUUUUAAUUCAUAAAAAUAUAAAUAAAAUAAUGCUCAAAUAUCAGUGUAUAUCUAGUGCAAAAUAUGAUUACAUUUUUGUAGGAACAGGGAACAAAAAGUGAUGGGUCGUAAUUCUGAGGCAGGGGAGGAAAUCUCCAGUGUUUGAGCAUGCAGUUGUUACCAGACACAUUUAUAUAGAAUUGUUCUUAAUAGAGUAGCAGUAUUUUCCUUACACCGCACAACAUUGGUAUAUACCUUAGUGUUUUUAAUACAAAAAAAUUGCAUAAGCCCAGGUCAUGUUAUCAUCUUGCAACAACAUUCUUUUUGAGACAGGUUUUGGCUGUUUAAGCUGCAGCUCAAAAGCUACAGGAUUUCAAACAUGCUUCAUACAAGUUAUUUUACCUGCUCAAUCUGCUUCUGUUGCAGUAGAUCAAAACUGCCAUAAUAAUUUCAUGAUAUACAAUCUCUUAAGUUUAAAUGGCACAAGAAAUACUUCCUUCUUGUGAACAAACUCAGCAGGUCACAGUACAUCUCAAUAUGAGAAACUACCAUUUCAGAAGGGCACAUCAAUUGUAAAGAGGCUCUGUUAGGGCUCAGGAGAGAGAAAUAAAAGCUCUUUUGGAAUGUAAAGAGGUGAUAUAAAUAACUAUGCACUUAAUGAGUUAACACAACAAUUGUCUGUGGUAAAAAGGGCAAAAUCUUCCAGUAUUCAAAAGAUGGCUCAAUUCAAAAUGAUCCCUCCAGAAACAGGGACUAGUAAUCAGUUUCUUCAAUGCUAAAGCAGCAGGGUACAGAAUGGAGCCUUCCAUCUUCUGACACAACUUUGUUACUGCACUAUCAUGGCAGAUCUAGCAACUUAGAACGCAUCCAGUGCAAGAUUGCAGAACUUCGCUCCUACCCUCUUUGUUACUGUGAGGACCAUCCUUUUUCCAACUCUGCGCUUUUUCCUAAAUCAACUCCUGAAUUCCAGCGGCAUGCUUCCCCAAAAAUCCAGCUUUCCUCUUGCAUUGCAAAACAAUGCCUCAUGCUAAAGUGUUGUGCUAUUCAACAAAUGAACCUCCUCUUCACUUUCCUCUCUCUCCUCUGUUACUGAAUUCAGUUGAACAUUAUUGAUGCGGGGUCUUGGUUUGCCGUCUGGGCCAUAUGACGGAGGAUAUCUUUUUUUGUUAUGAUGCCAAGGAGGCGCCUGGAAAGAGACACAUAGAAGAUGGCUAAUUAAAUACACGAGCCAGAAGAAAUAGCCAAGCUAAUUUUAUAGCCAAAUCCUUUUUGUUGACAGGAACAGAGUGCAGUAAAGCCUGAUUUUCUUAUUCCAAGAAACACAUUUUGUUGCCAUCAAGCAACCAUCAUUUUCUUUAAAACAACAGCAGUACUAAGAUACUAAAGAGGGUGGUCACUAAACUGUAACCCGUUUUCAACUUCUAAGUAAAGAAAAGCCAAGCCUGUGCCCACUAAUAGUUAUUUUUUUGUUGCUGAUUAUUAUAUGCCAACAAAAAAGUAACAAAGGAGGACAAAGAAAAAGCAAACGUGUGAAUAAGUGAUACUGAUCCCAUUACCAAAAGAAAUUAUGGUUGAAUAUAGCUGGACUCAAAAUUGCUUGACAGUUCAAUUUUGAGGCUCUGUCCAGCAUAACCUAUUGGUUUGGGUGUCUUCAUAAGAGCACUUGCACAUAUGUUUGAAGAAGAGAUGAUCACAGAUUAAUUUAUUUCAGGUUCAAAUUGAAAAAAAGAAGAAAAAAACAUUUAGACCCCCUUUUUUCUUAUUAGAAACAGUGCUCUUAUGAUCCAGGUUUUACUACUUAUAUAUCAAGGAGUGAAGCUGUCCUAAAAAGGUUUAUCACAGGAGAGGCAGAAAAAAAGAAUGAGCUUCUAACCUUGUCAUUCUGGUUAGUAGUUUUUUGCUGUAACUUUUUUUUUUUUAAAUAGGAUGCAUGAAACACUUGUGAAGUAUUAGAAUAAAAUGCAAGUUCAAUUAGCAUGUAAGCAGCCAAACUUGGAAUACAGGUUUUAAUAGCAACUACUGCAGAGCAGCAACUAGAAUCUAAAUAGCACAAAAUACAGCAAGAAGGACAAAUGACAAAUUCUAUCACUGCUGAUGUUAAUCAGGAAAUAAAGUGCCUUCUAGUAGUCGCUCCACAAAGUGACUGCAACUGGGCAGGAAAUAGUUCUAAUGCUGAAAUAUGUCCUAGUUCAGAUGUCAAAGACUACAAUGAAGUUUGCAGGCUGAUUGGCAGCUCUUGUUAAAAAUGAAACCCCCAAACCUACAGAGUUUUGGCACAUGCUUAUUUUACACAGUUCAACAAAACUUGUCAGAAAACAGAUGUACCCUGGAACCUUUGGGAAUAGCAGAAUUUCUAUCAUUGAAAUCGCUAAUCCACUUUCUUGCAUAACGUUCACUUUUAAUUAACAGUGAAUGUUGAGCUCAUGUCUUCAUUUAGCAUAUUUUCCCACAAACGGAUUUUGCUCACAUUUCAAAUUCAUAAGGCCUAUAUACUUGUUUAUGGAGGUUUGUUGUUGUUCAGCUGUUAUAAGAGAACACUGAACAAUUCACAAGUUUCAUGCUUCCUGAUGUCUAAAGUGUCUAAUGAGGAGAUCUGAUAUAUCUAAUCACCAAGGGUUCGACGUGCUGCUUUAGUUGCUCGAGAUGCUCUAAUAUGUUCUUCUUUGUGAUGAUCCCCAAGACAAUCCUGAAACAGAUCAUGUUAUGCUAAUAACUGUGUGUGAAAUCAAACAAAAGAGCUCCAGUCAUAAUGAAAGAAGUUUAGGGGGGAAAGUAAAACGAAAACAUGGACUGCAGAAAUGCUAAUAAUGGGAAGGUUAACUGAAAAAGGAUUUGAAGGCCACUGCAUCUUCUCUCAAUGCAUAUUAAACUUAAGAUAUAGACACAUGUUGCACACUGACAUCUAGAUGUUUUACCAUUAUUACAACCAAUCUUUCCACAUUUCCUGCCAUUAUAAAUAUGAAAUGCAAGAACAAGCUUAACUUUUACUCCUACAGAUGCACAUUUUACCUUCUUAAAAACAUCUGAUGAUCAAAAUAUUAAGCCUGCCUCUGUCUCUAUUUUAAUCACAUUAACAGUCCUUAAGACAGGCACCUAAAUGCUACUCCAUACUCCCUCUCCCUGAAUUCUGCAUCUAGAAUAAAUUAGAUCAAUAUGUUCACAUAUACUUAGUUUGGGUCUGUUUAAGCAGGAAUGGUAGAAUGAAAACAGGCAAGAAUGGGGAAGACGGGAUAAAUGUCUUAUAAGAAUAAAACCAGGGAGUAGCUGAAAACAGCAGAUGGACAAGAUGUUAAACAGGAUGCCAAAACCCCACAUUCUGACUCCUGGUAGUCCUACUUAGUUUCUUUCCAUUACUUUAGAUUUCACCAACACCUGUUUCAUCUUUACAUUUUUCUUACAGGCCAUCAGAACUGGAAGCUUUUUAAAAAUAAUAUUAUUAUUAUUAAUAAUAAGAUUCUUAGCAUGCCACACACUGGACCAAUACUAAAUCCUGCACAUAUACAACAAUUCCCUGGAAUAUACACAGCCGCGAUAAAAAGCAACAGAACAAUUAAGAUACAAGUGGUAUCACCAAAAUGCAAAACAAAAAACCCAGAGCUUUCCUUUUCCAAACCACAAAUAAUUUUAGAGAAACAUCCUAGCAAGCUGCUUUUCAAGGUCAUGAAAAUUAACAAAUCUUUUGUAAACCAGCUUCUUAAAAAUUAAAGGGUCAUAUUGUAGUAGACCAACUGAAAUCAAUGGACUUGCUUAAUGGGCCCAAUCUGAAUAUGACUAACACUGGCUAUCAUCUAAAAUGCUUAGAAUUGUGUUGGGGGUAUUAAAACUGUUUUACUGUUCCAGCUGCUGUGACCUCUUUCCUAGGAAAGGAGAUCGAAAUUUCCAGUCUGCAUACACGUUUCCUUGCCUGAUGCAGUCACAUGCAGCAAAUAUACACGUCUGCUUAGUGAUGUGAAUGAUUUGGGGGUAUGCCCCAAACUGACAAGUGGAAUGAGAUCUGGCCACUGUUAAAAUUAUCAAACGCAAAGUAACAUUAGCAAGCUGAAGCAAGAAAACAAAUACGGACAUUACACAGCUGCAGAUUAAGCGCAAGUAACUUUUUGCUAUCGUGUUCACUUAAUAAUUCAUUAAGAAAUAUAAUAGAGUAAUUUCUACAUAGUUAAUAAUCGCAUUGGAAAAUGAGGUACUUCCAGUUGUAGCAGCAUAUUUUGCUACACUUCUACAGAGGGGGCUUCAGGCCUCAUCAAUGGUUUUAAGUGUUAUAAAAGCAUUUUCUAGGAAUGCUAUAGUGUACUCAACCCCAUACAUACAUAGCAGUUUAGCUUUCAGGAUGCAAUCCUACUUACCUGGGUGUAAGUCUCACUUAGCCUAAGGAGACUUACUUUUGAACAUAGUGUUGUUUGUUUAAUUUGGGCUGAAGGCCUCUAUUUAAGGCAGCAAAUUUAAGUAGUUUAUUGCAAGAUCACAUAGUGAUGUCCAGUCUCUGGAGUCUAAUAUACAUUAAUCUAAAAAUAUCAGGCGGUAUCCAGCAUUGGUCAUAUUCUGGGUAACCUCAUUGCCACUGAUUUUAAUGAGCUUCUCCAAAAUAUGGAUAUCACUCAUUAUGUAUAUAGUUUUAAAGUGGAAAUAGUUGUAGUUGUUAUUGGUGUUAUUUACAGCUUAUCAGCAUGUGCUUUGCAUGCAAAAAGAUCAAAUUCUAUACUCAGCAUCUCCAUAUAGAACUGGGAGAGGGCAAUGUCUGAAAUCCUGGAGAGCCACAAUAUUGCAAAAUAAACCACACUGAGUUAUAUCAUUAGUCUGAUUCAGUAUAAGGCCACUUCCUAGUCAUGCACUUGGCAUAAGUAAUGUUGUACCAGAGGGAAGACAUGUAAAUGCAACAGAAUGGCACCUGUGCUGUAAGCAAGGAUUUUCUGUUUCAGAGUGUUGGAAGGUUCAUGGAAGCUGAUGUGCAAAGUUUCAUAACCCUCCAACACUGAUGUCAUGCUGCUCACUUGAGUAGGCCACUCCCAUUAGCAGUUCCAUGUGAAAAGUUCCAUGUGAACCAGCUCUGAGACCCAGUAGUUUCAUGGAUCAUUCUGAGAAGGCAAGUAUGAUUAGGCUGUGAGAUCUAGUCUUAUGAUAUAAAGCAGAAAGGGGGGAAUGAGCUCAUCAUGGGGCUUCAGCUGUUGGGGGCAGACUCAUGUUGCUUGCAAUAUGCAGCCCCCUGCUCAUUUGUUUGAAGGGUAUACAAUCAGUUGAAAAGGAGGGAAAUCACAACAAGAAGAGCUACAGAACUAGUGGCAAUGUAGCUUUCAUUAUCAUAACUUAACUGCACAGAGACAAUGCAAACUAUGAUAAAGAUGCUAGGGCCAUUUUGUGACAUGAGGGCUCUUGCAAAAUGCAAGAGAGGAGGAGGCACCACCUCCAAGAAAAAACACAAAUAUGCUGAAGAACUGGGAGUAGUAUUCAGUGGUGUCGAUAUCUUAACUGGAGGCAGGAGUAUAUACAUCCAUUCCAUAUUAUGGUUUUAGACAC